AAUAUAUAGACAAUUAAGAUACUUAGUAAUGUCUUUAAAAGCGAACAUGGUAAUUGUGUAGAUAUGGCAGUGGGACGUCUAUACUGUAGCUUGGUUAUGAGGAUGAGUGUCUCUCAGCAGUGAGGUCCAUGCCAGCCGGGACUUGAAAGCCUUAGUGAUCUGAAACAAAAGACGACUACCAGAAGGUGCACAGUAAUAUGCCCAUGCUUAUAAUGGGGAGUGAGGGAGGGUUACAAGCAGUUUGAGCAUACUUACCGAGCAGUAAUGCCACGUAUAUAUGUCCCGUGUCUAAUAGGAGAAUGGUAGUGAUUGGAGCGAUUUGACAGCUGACCGCAUCAGCUGGUCGCAGCACUAUGCCUACGUGGCCUGACUGAACUAACGCUGCGCUCGAUUAUUAUUAUUAUUAUUUUUUUUUUUUUUUUUUGGCACACAAGUAUAUUUAGUUUAUUUCCUGUGUUUAUGUCAGAGCUCCAGUGAUGUCUGUGUUCCAGAUCAUGUCCUUCUUCAUCAUCAUCAUCAGCUCUGUGUUUCUGCAUACUCACUCAGCUGAUGAUAUCUACUCUGCCGUGAUGCCUCAGACAGUAACAGCUCUGACAGGCUCUUGUGUGCAGAUUCCUUGCACAUUCAACAUCUCCAAUUUUGAGGACAAACUUAACACUAUUAUUGGGAUCUGGCUGAAAAAUAAAUCACAGUUUGAAAAAGACAGUUUAAUUGUUUCUAAUAUCAGUAAAAACAUCAUUAGAGGAUUCAGUGACAUACAGAUAACUGGAAAUCUCAGUGAGGGGAACUGCACAACUGUCUUCUAUAACCUCAUGAAGAAUCAUUCAGAUCUCUACUACUUCAGACUGGAAAUGGAGCCAGAUGUGUUCAAAGCUACAUUUAACCCAAAUCAACCUGAUUCAAGAAAGACUGUGAAGAUCACUGUCAUAGACUCACCACAACCUCCUGAACUUAAACCCAAUUGUUCACGCUAUGUGAUGGAGAACACAACAGUCAAUCUGAUCUGCUCUGCUGAAGCCCCCUGCCCCAAACAACCUCCGACAAUAUCCUGGUCCAACAACCCUGAAUCUGCCAACAUUACAACACAGUUACAGGAGAAACCCGAUAAAACCCAGUCAGUGUUUUCAAACAUGACUUUCAAAGCUUCAUACAUGGAUCACAGAAGGAACAUCUCCUGCAUUGCUACAUAUCCAAGAAAUACAUCUAAUUACUCAACUGUGGAGACCACCGUGAUGCUACAAGUCCUGUUUCCUCCAAAAGAAACUCACAUCACCAUCAAUCCAUCUGCUUCAGUUUCUGUUGGCACUAAUGUGACUUUGACCUGCAGAAGCAAAGCCAGUCCAUCAAAUGACAUGAACUACACCUGGUACAAACGUGGACAGGAGACGCCAAUAGCUUGGGGAAAGAGGAAUAGUUUCAUUGUAACUAACAAUAAAACAGGAUUUUACUUCUGCACUGCACAGAAUAAACAUGGAAACCAAUCAUCAGCAUAUAUCCAGCUCACAGUUGAAGUUACAGACAUUUCACAAGACAUGGGACAAGAUGGACACUCUAUGCUUAUAAUUGGUUGUGUGGGAGGAAUCGUGGCAGCGCUCAUGCUCUCUGCUCUUGGUUUUUGUACAAGGACCAGGACAAAGACACACAGGGGAGACAAUGUUGGAGAAAAAUAUUCCUUAAAUCAGGAUGAAAUUAUAGACAGGAAUUCCACAUAUGCUACUGUCACCAUGACCAACCAGGACAACAAGAUCUCUGAUGAUUAUAGUAUGUGUGAGCGUAAGACUAAGACUGACCACGAUAAAGUGAAAGUCUCAACGAAUGAAGACGACAAUGAAAAGGGUUCAGAUGUAGUAUAUGCUCAGGUCCAUGUGUUACAAAACAAAACAAAAGCCAUCAGUGUUGUGCCUGAGGUCAUUUAUGCUCAGGUGACUUGAGGACAGUUACAAAAAUGAGGCAAAACAAUUGUCUGAUAUUGCUUGCAUUCAAAUUUAAAUUAGAAAUGCUUGUGUUCCAGUAACACUUGUACGUUAUAUUUCUGUAUGCUGGUAUUGUUUGUAUAUUGCUCUAUACAUUUUCAGCUGUUUGUUUUCUGAUGAGUAAUCUGUUAUUAAUUAUCUGUCAUAAUCUGUUAUUCAUUCAGCUGUUAUUUUCUGUUACUUUGUUGAAAAAAAAAUGUACAUGUAACAUUUUAACUAUUAAAAUGUCUCUACAAUAUUCCAGAAUAAAUAAUUAAAGGGU